GUGUUUCAUAUUGAUGUGUUUUUAAGUCAAUAUCGCCGAUGAUUGCGUGUAAAGUAUGUCCGAUAAAAAUGCCCGAUCCUACAAACCCGACGUGCGCGGGUCCAAACAAAAGUUUCAAAGUAUCACGACUACUGCAUUCAAGAGUAAACAGGGUUUAGAUCAAGCAGGAAAGGGGCCUGUCCCCUAUUCCAAACCUGGGCUUGCCAGUCUUGGUAAAGUUUCUGGAAGACGUAUUCCCAAGCCGCACAUUGAGUCAAAGCGUACCGAAAAUUUUGGGGAAGAUCCUGAUGUUCAAUUAGUACCAAAAGACGGAAGUGGCUGGGCCAAAUCGGCCGAUGAUGGGGACAAUGGAGGAACCAGGAAAGGAGACGCUAUUGCGGGAUCCAGUUCUCAAUCUGGAGGAUUUUUAAACGCUAGUACUAAAUUAUGGUCUGAUCCAAAUGCGUUGGGCUCUUCAAGCCGACCUGUUCGAACAGCAAAUCCAAAUGAGUUUCCUACAUUAUCAGCUGGAACCAAACCCGAGUCACCUGAAAACAACUCUUCCUCAUUUUCUCUAAAGCCCAAUAGACCGAGCUGGAAGCAAGGUGCAAGUGGAAAAUACGAUGAUCGAGAGAGACCCUAUAAAACGUCGGAAGUAGAACAGGAUGCGGAGUACAGUCAUUAUCCAGACAUGAAGCCAUCGUUUAUGAAGCCCAAAGACCCAAAUAAUCAAAAAUCUGGCGGAUCAUCCGGUAACGGCCAAGUGUCUCGCACUGGGAAGCGAGAAGAGUGGAAAGGACAAACUGUUAUUAAGGAAUCGAAAGAAUUGGAUAAAAUAGUGGAACUUGAUAAAGAUGCGGACGGAUGGGCCGGCGCUUCUGGCGAAGUCGACUACAACAAGAAGAUCGUGUUCAGUGACGACGAGGAAGGUGGAACAGACUCAGGGGGGUCGACUGAAAGACAGGAGCGAAAACAACAACGAAACUUUACAUCAAGUGAAGCGAGCAGGCGAGCUGCUCACAAGGACUACGAAAAAUCUGGCGAGCGACGAGAUGGGGAGUUCUUCCGUUCUUCUUCAACUAGGGGCUCGGACAAUAAAUAUAGCACAAACAACAUGCGCAGGAGUGACUCGUUUUUUCAAUCGAGUACUGACCGCGGAGCAUCCGACCGCGGUGACAACCAACAGCGUCGAAGCAACUCUUUCUACGACCAGAGAUCAUCGGGUGCACAGCAUUACGAACAACGAAACAGAAAUGAUUUGCAAACUAGCGGUGGUUCUAAAAAUGCUCCUGGUUCAAGACAAGAAUAUGACAACCGAAGAGGACCCGACUUCAACAACCGAAGUGGAUCGACCGCUACCGGAUACCCUGCUCCCUCCAACCCUCCCUUCCCGCCCUCUAAUAAGACUUUUUCGACAGCGCAAUCCGGAAACAAUAAUUUCCAAAGCCAUGAGGCGAAGAUUCAGAUGGAACGAAAUAGAUCGUACAUCGGGAACCAGGACUAUGAAAAGAAGCCAGGAAGAGAUGACGAAAAGCCACAAUUUUUCCGUGGUUCUGAGCUUAGUCACCGAAGCUCCAAACGAGACGACGGACGAUACAACAACCCAGACAAAAGUCUGCAGAAUGCGACUGGAAAUGGAUCAAACUCAAUGGGGCGAUAUGACAACAAUGCUAGUGGAAGUUUCAAUGGAAGUAAUAGCAACAGAUCGAAUAAUGCUCAAGCGCCUCCUCGCAACAGAUACGACUCUGAGGGAUCGAAUGGAAGUGGGAAAGCAGAUGCCAUGCGAGUGCAAAUGCAAUUCAAGGCACCGGAUCCGUCUGCAAUGAUGAAGAACCCGCCUGUCCCUACCACUGCCCCGCCCAUGUUUUUCCCUCCUCCACCGCCUCCUCCCCAGUUGAUGAACCAGAUGGCUCAACAGCAGUUUAACAAUCAAAUGUGGGUCCAGUAUCAGCAGAUGCUAAUGGCCGCCCGAUUCCCUUUCCCCAUGCAGCCGCCCUUCCCAGCCCCGCCAAUGGCGCUGCCCUCGACUGAUCUACCGAACACUUCUACGGGAAGUGAGACCAUACCUCGACCACCUCCCGAAGGAGCUGCAUCGAUCGCGGAAUCCCCCAUGUCUAUUUUGGCGCCUCCAGGAAAGACCUCGAAAGCGCAAACCCAGACAAACGCAACAGUUAACCAGACACAACGCACAUCUUCGCCGAUAAUUGAUAACUCCUACUCGCCACCGCCCCCGAAAGAAGAGGUGAAAACCAGAAGAGUCCAAAGAACUAAGAAGGUCCAACUGACGGAUAGCAGCCAACCAGAUCCCAGUGAGAAACCAGCAGACGAGCCAGUUAAAAUAUUAGAACGUCCAAAAGACAAGGGCAAAGAACAAAAGGCAAUUUCAGCAGCUAGUCUAUUCCACACACCCAAGAACGAUGAGGGGGAUUCAAGCAACAAUGAGGGGAAAGAUAAAGAAAAUCCAGCACCAGCUAGAUUCACAUCUAAGAGGCAACAGGACUCAGGUGCCAGUCAUUUGUCCAAAUACGACAGAGUCGAGUCUCAAUGGGGAGACGAUGAAAGGGAUUACGAGAGUCAGAAACAUCCACAAAGUUUUCAGUCGAAGGAGAAACAAAGGAGUGGAUAUAAUACGAACUACCAAGAUAGUCGAAAUGACCGAAAUCGUGAUAGCAGGGAUUACAGGACGAAUUACCAAACUCAAGAUCGGCGGUCGAAUAUGUACGAUGAUUUUGAUGAUGAAGGUUAUGGAUACCGAAAGCAACGACAGCCCACAAGAGACAAAGAAGCACCUCCGUCGGGUCCAAUUAAAGAACUGACGUCGCCUAUCGGUGAUCAUUUCGGAAGGUCACCUGCAAACCAGUCUCGUGCUAUGGAAGUGAGAAGGGGCGGUCGGGGUUUGGGAUUCUCCCGUCAGGGUCCUCCGCAUUCGAUUCGGGCACGAGAUCGUGAAUAUACUAAUCCCUCAAGACCAAAUGCUGGUCAGGAUUUUGGGGAUGAGGAUGAAUAUCCCUAUGAUCCACCGCCACCUCCACCAGCUAGAAGCCGCGAGGAGAAGGGAUCUCCGAUUAAGUUCCAGCAUUACGAGAAGAAAGAGCCAAGUGACAUUGAAGUCAAAGACUUGAUGUCUUUGGAGAUCCGAUAUGACGAUCUGAGCGAAAACAACCGACAAAAACUAGAGCAGGAUUUUUUAGGGUCAGGUUCACGGCGAAGCGAUAAUAAUGAGAGGUAUGGCAAAAGGUUCUCUUCAUCCGCCGUCGCUUCCCGUGGCAACCGAAACAACCCUGCUGGACGUCGAUUGAUGUCCGGCUCAGGCGGAAGUUUUGACAGCGCUCAAAUGCAAAAUGAGCGUGAUAACAGACACGAAGUGAAAGAAUUUUCAACUUCAAAAAACUAUUUGUCCCAACAACAUUUGAAAGGCAGUGAUGAUAAAAAGUCGGAAUCUCUGACUCAAAGUGACCCGGUUUCCAUGGUUUCCACAACAGACAGUGCAGCUGAAAAUUCAUCUGUGAGUAACACGAGCAGCAAACCGCCGCUGGUUUCGUCAGUGGUGGACUGGAAUGCACAAAAUGCAGCAUCUACUUUGUUCUCUGAUCCAAAUAGAGCUGACAUCGCUGCUAAUCUGAAGGAGCCUCUGACUAUAAAAACAUCAUCGGCAACUUCAACUUCGCUGAAAAGUGAAGAUGCCGAGGAGUUCAAAGAGAAUUCAGAGCCCAAAAAAGAAGCCGCUAUCUCACAUUCAGUCAACUCGAAUGUCGAUUCGAGCGGAGUAGAAGCUGGAAACGAGGACUUAUCGGAAAACGAGCAGUCCAGACGUCAAGGAAAAGGAACCCUGAGAUCUUCAGGAGCGAAGACCAGAGGUGGAUCGGCGGGUGCAACAUGGGAGAUCAAAUCAAACGCUGCGGUCCGAGCUUCUAGGGGCGGAAGUUGUCGAAGAGGUGGCAGUGUAGGGGGCGUGGCUCCGAGUGCUGUCGGAAAACAAUCUUCCAGGUCAAAUUAUUAUGACUCAAUGUACUACUAUGGAUCGGAGUGGGAUUAUUACUACUCGGGCAACUACCAGGAGUAUGACUAUGGGUAUGGCCAAGGAUAUAUGAAUUACAGAUCAUCGAACGAUUACUCUCGAAAUCCGAAUUCUUUCUACACUAUGUCCGCUACGCAAGCAGCGUCGUCCCGAAAAUUGACGACAAGAGGCGGUAAAACGGCGUCUGUGGUUAGUGCAACCGGAUCAAGAAGGGGAAUGGGAAAAGAACGACGGCGCCCUGGAGUUCCUCGGGCGAGUAGAGGUGAGCCUUCUCCGUCAAUGAAGAACUUUGACUCAACAAAUGAGAGGUUUCCAACUGGUUCUGCCGAUCAAAUGAACCAAGAGGAAUGGGAAACAGCCUCCGAGAGUUCAGAUUUUGAUAAACGAGAUUCAAAAAACGAUAAAGUCCCCGUCGCUGGUACUGACAGAUCACACACGACGCAGACGUCAAUUCCAACACACUCAAGAAACAACGAACAGCGCUAUGGCAAGAGUUCGGCUCCUUCAAAGAAGUCGUUUUCAAGCCAGCGCCCUUUGGCGGACAGGGGACGAGAUAAGCAUUCGGCAGAUACUGCGUCAAAAUACAGCUCCGAUUCGAAACUGAUGAAGAGCAAAAAGGAGGGUGACAAACCGGAGGAAAAAGCUCCGGCAUCAGCGGGGCCUCCGAGGCGAAGGGGUCCAGAGUUCUCGCAAUAUGACGUGAACAGGAUGUCUGGAAUCGUAGUGAUUGAGGAUCAGCAAAAUUUACGUCCAAACAUCGCAUCCGAUGAUGAUUGCGCUGACGAAUCAUUUCAAGAAGUGAUUUCCAAAAGAUCCAAGGCCCAGAAAGCGGCAGCUAGUAAGAAAUCUGCUUCCCCUACUAGUCAACAGGGGGGAAAGGAAAAGUCACCUAGGGUUAAAGGAGGCAUUAGUAAAAGGUCGUCCAAAGGUGGCCAUGAAAAGCCCAAGAAAGGGUCAGUAACUGGCGCUGACGAACGACCAUCGCGAGGAAAAAGUGGCACGCCUAAUAGUAAAGACGACCACAGUACUAUGAGGAAUAUCCAGAAUUUCGAGUCUCUUCAAAGACAAUUCGCCCGGUCUGGAAACGACCAGCAACAUGAACAUGCAGUGCAGUCUGAUCCCGCAUCGUCAGGGAAAACCUCGAUGCCGACCACGCCUCCGCCCGCGAGAUCGGCCAAUGCGUGGAGUAAGCCCUUGCAGACUACUUUGAUUCUGCAGGACAACCAGCUAGUUCCCAGUCUGCCGAUGGCCACAAUGUCGAAGGACUUCUCAACAGCGUCGUCUGACGCCGGGGUGCAUGGGUCUUCUAAUGACUCUCCAUGGAUAAGCAGCCAGGCAAAGUCGCACUUCAGCUCAGCUCAAGUCGGCAAUGCAGAUCACAAAAAAAUGAAUAGAAAGGAAGUUGCUCCCCAAUCCCAAGCAGUACAACCCCGACAAUUUACAUCAGCAAUGUACAAGAUGCAGCAAAUGACUUCUACGACAAACGAGCGUGCCCAGAUGAAACCGCCCGAAAUGUCUCCUGUCUCUCACCAACAGUCAAAUUUAAGUUCCAAUGACAGGUCAGAAGUGACUGGCGCCCCACCUAGAAUCGAACAGCCCUCCAUCCCCAACCUGAACAACGACAACUCCGCCCUGUUUUUUAAUGAGAACGACCAAAAUGAGUACAACAAGUUCCUGAAAGAUUUCGAGAACAAAGGCAAUAAACUGAACGUGAAUGACACUGGCACAAAUAAUGUUGAUGCAGCUAUGGCCAGCCACGCGGACGCACUCAACCUGGGAGAAUCGGUGGACGAUUCCUCGAUCAAAAUGGUCGACAUGGAGAACCAGUUCAAAAAACUCAUGUGGGAUAGCAACAAAGAUGAUGAUUACGGUUUAGACGAGACGCCUACCAACUCAAUGGUGCAGACCCAAGCAGCUCCUGCAACGAUGAUAAAUAAUAUCGCAGGCAGCGGAGAAUCGCUAGUGAUCGCCAGCAAGUCUCUUGGCAUAGUUCAGGGCACACCUAGCUCCGCGACCACUUUGGAACAGAGUCGAAUUUGUAAAGUGAAACCAGUCACUCAGAAUACGAGCAUGGGUCACUUGAGAUCCCAGAUAGUUCCACCCUCUGCUAGUCUGAACACGCCGGGAGGAAUAGGAUUGCAGGAUUUCCAAACGAGCAUGGAAAUGUCAAAUCAUUUGAGUAACUCGGCAUUGAUGGCGCAUGGACUGUCGGUGAGCCAGCAAGCUGCAUUUUUUGACGAUGCUUUGGGGUAUCCAGGAGGCUAUGGAACAGCUUCUAAUGCAAUUAACCCAGCGGCUUCUGGUUCGUUUUUCGACCAGCAAACUGGAAACGCGUUCACAGACGCACAAGCAGCAGCAGUUGUCGCCGCACAGCAGCAGCAGAGCCAAUCUCAAAUCGGACAUCAGUCGUUUAUGGGACAGAAACCUCAGCAGAACAUUGGAACUGUUCCACCACAGCCACAUCAGAGCAAUAAUAACUCCAUUGGAGCAGGAGGAUGGAACAGCAAUGGUCAUUUUGCAAUGUAUCCAGAUCAGCCAUCUCAGAACAACCCUUUAGGAGCAGGAUUAGGUCAGUCCGCUAACUCGCCGUACCAACAGACUGUGUAUAACCAGAUGGGAAACUCCUUUGGACCCAAUGCGGCCGCUCAGUCUAGCUUCAGCGCAUUCGGAUACAGUCCUAUGAUGGGAUUGGGACCCAGACCCCAGCAAACUAACCACUCGCAUCCGUUUAUGCAACCCCAAAGCCAGAAUCCACAGCAACAUAAUAACUAUGGACACAUGAUGAACUCCAAUGCCCUACAGCCGGGACUCAACAACGCCACCUUCCCUAGUCCCCAACACCCAGUGCAGUCGUUUGAAUUGAGUUUGGGUGCUUUCGGAGCUGCCCAGGGACACCCAGGAGGAAAAGCGAUGUCGCCCCAAAGUCACCAACAACCUGGAGACUUCAAAAAUGAGUUUUCGAUGUAUGGUCUGAGCGACGCUUUCUCGGCAACCUUCAAGCCAGAACAAUCGCAGGCAUUCUUGGCUGGCUACGGAGCUGCAAAAGGAAAUACUCACUUUCUUCAAGGCUCGUCGUCGUUUAACAAUGGAAAUGGAUCGAAUAUGCAACAGCAGCAAAUGAAUGCUAACUCGGGGUUUCACAAUGGGAAUAGUUCAUUUAUGGGAAACAAAAUGUUGUCAGGAUUCACGAAACCAGAAAUGAUUCAGGCAGCUCAUAAGCUGAACAUGGGAUCCUCCUAUCCAGGGCAUUUCGGUGUGGGCUCUUCUGCGCAAGGUCCGUUUCACAAGACAGGACCGAACUCGAUUCAGAUGGGAGGAACCAGCUCAAAUGCAGUUGCGCAGCAAAAUAUGAUGCAGUCACAGGCUCCUGGAGGUGGUUUUGGGCAAAAUUUUUCCAACCCGGUCAACUCAAUGUCAACUAGACCGCCUCCUAUUCAAAGACCGAAUAACCAUUUCCCGAGACCACGUGUUAAUACAGCUAUUGGAGGAAUGUCGGGAAUUGGGAUAUUUCCGCCUUCGUCUAUGAGCGGUUCCUAUUCUAUGAGUUCAAACACAAAUCCAACUUUACAGAAAAGGAACAGUGGCGACCGAGGAUCUCCGGGUGCGAACAACCAGAGACCCUGGAGCUCUGAUUUGGGAAAUUCGAGUGCGACGGCUGGUACAAUGGGAAAAUUUGCACAGAAUUUCAUACCGUCGAGCGUAACGACUUACGGAGGAAAUUCGAACAACUUGAUGAGAAAUAUGGGCCAACAGCAGCCUGCGCAGUUCAGACGAGAUAUGUACUCAGUGCCGAACUCAAUGGCACCUGCAACUCGAUUCAAUUCGAACUUCAAACAAGAAAUGUCGGAUCCUAAUUCCUGCAUGAUGGGACCAGAUGGUCGAAUGAAGCAGAAUCCACCGAAGAUGGAAAGCAAUGGAAUGGAAAACAAAGACGUAAACCACAUGUUUAGUCACGACAUGGUCGGUGGUGAUGUAGUUUCUAAUAAUGAUUCCUCGGAAAUGGGUGUCCCGGUGUCCUCGGAAUUGUCCUCAGCCCCCACUGCAAACGAACAUGUCCCUGGAUCGAAUCCCCAAAACUCCACUCUCUUGGCAUCUGCAGGCGUCGAAAAUAACUCGGCGAACGCCUCCCAAGGCUCCACAAACCCCAACACGAACAUGUCAAUUGCUGUUGACUGAUAUUCGGAGACGUCAAAUGAUUAACUCCGCUCUUCGCAGAGAAAACUGAGAAAUUCAAACUUAAAUAAAAGUUUCAAAAGUAUAUCAUCGAAUUUCAAACUAAUCUCGUAAGAUAAAAGUAAGUUGUUGAAGUAGUACAGGUGGUUUGGCUCUUAACUUCACUCGUGGUAUUUUGGUUUUUUUUUUCGUGAUGUGAUUUGAUUCCCUAAAAUGUGCAAAUUUAUAAGAUGGUAAAGAUUUCAAGUCGUCGACACAGUUUUGGGUUAAAUACAACCUUGCAUGUGUUCACUUGACGUGUAUGUAGAUCUCAAAUCAACCUUGACCCCUGGAAGACGUGCUUCGCUAAGUGUUGCUGAAGUAAUUAUUGAGCCAAUAUAUCGUUUGAAGAGAAAGUUUAGUUCUCCACUCAUAUAACCGUUUCACCCCUUUUAUAUCCAGUACUCAAACUUGUCUUUGUGAGCUAUUAUGCCAUGUGAUAUUUGACGCAAUUCAUUUGAUUCCUUAAUGACGUUUGAACAACUCGAAGGUUUUGGCUUAAAAAAUCUAUCUUGCGCUUCCGAAAAAUUGUUCAAAAGUCGCAUGCUUCAGUUUUAUAGUAGACUAAUUCGAAAAGUAUUAUCCUCGUUUCGAUUUCAAUUGACGCUCCAUUAUUAUUAGUAGUUGCUCAACCUUUUUGUUAAAUUGUCAUAUUUCAACUUAAGUCAAUAUUUCUGCAUGUGACGGCGUUUUCUGGUUCUUAAUCAUUUAGUUGAGCGUUCGAUGAAAGUUUAGAUGUUGUUAGAGUAAUAAGUAGCGUUUGAAUGAAUUGAAACCAUACAUAUAUUCAGCUUAGGAGGUCUUUUCAAUAUCCAUUUCAAAGCCGCAACGUCCUGCAUUUAGCAAAGGUGCUAUUUCAGUUUCGGUCCUACUAUUUUUCCGUGAGUUGAUUUCCCCCAAUGUUUUAUGAAGGUAAAUUUGACAUUUAAAUUUGAUUGGUGAGUUGGCGUUGAUAAGUUGUACUCCCUGUCCCCCGAUGCAGUUAAUAAAUUAAAUAUUAUGUCGGUAUAACUAUUUAUAUGAAUAUGAACAAAUAAGCCAGCCAAUGGAAUAUUGAUAAGAGUCCGAAUAAUCACUUGUUUCACUUCACAUUUCUGCUAUUUGUUGUUUCUCUUCUCAUAAAUAAAUGAUCACCAGAUGCAUAUUUGUAAAAUAAAAUCUUCAAUGUUU